AAUCUGGCCCGAGUUGCUGAACGGAAGUAGAAUCAUAACAGAGUCAUGGGGUGUCGUUCACACGAACUUUUCGACGUCGCAAAUGUGUUUCCCCCAUAAUUUCCAGCGACGUGAAUGCGCCACUAAAGCGGAAAACCUGAACGAAUUGUGGACGAGGCAACAGAGGAAGAGCCAUACUUACACCGUCUGUGGAUCUAAUUUAAACUGAAUUCUGCGGUAACAACGAGGUUUAAUUCUUUAUCAACAGAUCCACAUCUGAGGUCAUAGUGUGAAUCUAAGAUGUCUGGGAGCCUUGAUUUGAGGAUGGAGAGCAGAGAGAGGGAACAAUUGGCUUCUCCCCAGAAUGAACCAACAGCCUCUGAGGGCCUCGGGAAGUUCCAGCGAUUGAAGCCCACAAUACUCGGAGCGAUUGAAGUAACAAUUGGGAUCUUCAUGGCACUGACCGCAAUCACGUAUCUGGCUGUCGAUGUCGGGCCUAACCUAACAGCAAUCCUCUUCUGGGGAAUCCUCAUCUACAUCCCUGCUGGGGGUCUGACCAUCGCUGCUGACAGGAAACCCACCAGGGCCAAGGUGUGCGCUGCGUUGGGGAUGAAUGUGCUGGUGGCUCUCUCGGCCGUCGCUGGAAGUCCUCUUCAUGGCUUUGCUAUUGUAAUAUUUGGGUUUGAAGAGUGCGUAACUCUGUGUCACAGUGAAUUUGUCAUGCUGGCAGCGUCCAUCUUGCUGUUCAUCAUCUCUAUAAUCGUUGUUGCAUCUGCAGUGUCUGCUCUGUGUUCCUCUAGAAAGCCAUCAAAAGAACACACAGUCAUCUAAGAGGAACUUUUUGUUGGUUCUUUCAAUCCCUAUGUGAAAAAAUAUUAUACUUCAACUACACUUUUGAAAGGAUGUACUAAGUCCACUUUUAGUAUGUAACUGUAUUCUGUACUAAUUUCGUCGCAUUCAAGUAUACCAAAGUGUACUAAGGUAUACCUUAAGUCAGUGCUAUUCAAAUACAAAUUCAGUUGGGCCAGUUUUUCUAAACAAGAAAUUCAGUUGGGCCAGACAUUUUCAGCAGCAAGUAAUGACACAUUUUGGACCAACACAAACAUGUAUUGAAAAACACAAACGUUUUAUUAAUUGUCAUAUCUGAAAAAUUACAUUAAUUCAUCUUUGGUGAAAUCUGACCAAGGCAAAACUCUGAAAACCAAAUAGUGCACAAUAUUAGGCCUGUCAACAGCCAGUUUCCUUUUAGAAACAAAAUAAAUAUUUGUCGUA